CGAACUUGAAAAAUUUAGGCUAAACUUUUCAAGAUGCGCAAGCCGUGACUUAGCUCCUUUAAGCACUGAGUGUUCAAAUGUGCUCUCUUGUGCUGUUCCUUGUAGUAUGGUUAUCAAAUACUUUAGCGAUAUCGCUGUCACAGGCACGAUAUUUUAAUUUGAUUAGAGCUCGAUGGUUCAGUCGUUUCGCCGAUAAUUAUUUCAUAAGUUUUAUUCCACCUGAUCUCCCGUCAAGAACGUAAGGGAUCUUUUUGGUCAAAUGUAAAGCGCCCAGAGGUUACUUAGGAAAAGUGCGCUCGUUCUAUUUUUACUCACAAUUUGUGACGCAACUCAAGUUUCAUAAUUUGUAUCAGAUUUACAUAGUCUGUGGUCAAACUUCAAGUCUUUAUGUUUGAAAAUUAUUUUGUGUUACUUUAGACACUAAAAGAAUCAAAGAAGAAAUCAAGAUGUGUUUUGUUCCAGUGCCUUACAUCAUUUAUCACUUAUAUCGCUUGGCCUACUUUACUUACAUUUGUUUCCAUUACUUUUUUUUUUUUCACUAAUAUUACUUACAUAUGAUCUUCACUAUUCAUUUUACAUCACGUACCAACAGUUAUCUCGUACAUUACACCACAUUACUUAAACUUCUCUCGUAUACAACUUAACCUAUUUCUUCUCUUCGCUUUUACUAGAGUUAUUUAAUUUUCUUGUCCCUUAUAGAUAUUAGAAUCAACAGCUACAGUAUUUCAAAAUAAUUUCGCGAGUUUUAUUUCAUCUUGUUCAAACUAUCACGAACUGUUUCAGCAGCUUUUGUCUGGACAAUUUUGAAAUAUCACAAGCUGGUACUGUUCCAAAUAUUUGGUUCAAUUCGUACUAUAACUUGUUUAUGAAAAAUGAAAUAAACUCAGAACAAGAGAGCCAGAAGGACGAGGGAGUUAAUCCUUCAUAUAAGCCUUAUUCCCAAGGUAAUCCAUCUCAAGGUUUUUUCAGAUCACUCCCCGUUUCGGAAUAUCAGAAAGGUCGUGGAAUAGCCAAUCACGUGACGCCUAUUUCGCUCACGUGGACAGCACGUACGGCUCUACAUAUAUUUUCAUCCUCCACGAAGACAUCCAUGCGACGCGCGUGGUAGUAUUAUCCAGCUCUAAAAAUAGCUUGGGUGAAAAUACCUUAGGAAUAUGGCCUAUCGGUGAGGGAUAACUCUUACUCUUCAUCCCCUCCUGGUUCAGAAUAAAUAGAACUGACAACCUUCAAGACUGGCGGGAAACAAACCAUCAUUACCAGUAUCUUAAUGAUUCAUGGAUGUCAGUUACAUUUCAAGCUAUUUACAGCACGCUUAUGUUAGUUUAAUUUUAUUACUCGCAAUGUUCUGUUAACCUUGAUCAGUGCUCGCUUUUAUUCCAAGCGUUUACGGCGGAAGUGUCCGCCAUCGUGGUUUUAAUUUGUUACAAUUGCUAUACUUGAAAAUCCACCCUAUAUAGAAACGAUAAAACCAAGAUCAAAUAACUCUCAAAUUACUAUCCUAAGGAUGAAAGAUAAUCCAAGCAUGUUCAUCGUGUCAAAAUAUUUACACAGCAAAUGACAGAACUAAGUCGGAAAAAGACUGAUAUAACCCUAAGAACUAUACUCUCAUCUCCCAAAUCAAUCACAUUUCAGUAAUUUCUUCGCCUGUGCCAUCGCAGUUAUAAAAUCCCUUAAAAAAGUCUCCUAGAGGCCGCCGACGUUUGCCAGAAGAUUUAGACGAUAGCCGAAGACUUCCGAAGAAUGCCGAUGAUCGGCCACAGAUAAUAAGAAAUCUCCGAAGGAUACCGAAUAUUACCGGAUAUCAAUUAAAGGUUCCCAUAGAGAAAGCUAAGGAAUGGUUUCCUCCAUAUACAAAGGCCACCAUUGUGCCGCCAACAUCACAGAAUUCGCCCGAAUCAGUUUCGUCUUAAACUCGGGAAUAACCGCACCCAUUCACCAGUUCAGUUCUGCCUUUGUCGGUCGUUUUCUUCAUAUGUCGGAAAUGUUUCUUCUGACAAUAUGCUCACAACUUGGUUUCAGUCCAAAAACAAACAACGGGUUUAAAUCGGCUAAACUCACUGAUACAGAUGACAGAACUCCAUCGAUCUCACUCGCCAUGUGCUCUUUUCAACACAACACAUCCCAUAAUAUUUUGAAAACAGUUCCCAGUCCCAACCGUGCGUGGGCUGGUGACGCCUGACUAAUCUUACAACAAUCUCUUAAACCAAGUCUAAAGUGAUACGAUUACAUUUGCAUAACUCGAACCUCGACACUAAUCUGGAUUAUCCCAGUUGCCCGAAGGGCCGCUUAAAUGGCCCGAGUCAGCCACACCUUUGUUUUUGUUUACAUGCGAGAGUUUGGCUAUUAUGUUUUAUUCGGGGCAUUUCAAAACGAAGGAAAUCACUGUGAAACUACUUAAGAUAAUUAAACAUGCUUUCAGGAACACAACUUACAGUAAAGCAGUAAGAUUUCUCUUCACCAUGCGAUAUCAAUAAUAUUGAUGGCAUCGAAACUAGGGUUCUUUAACCCCACCGUAUUUGCCCUAAUUCCGGGUUAAAUGGGUGAACGAACGGCUCUGUAUAUAAAAUACAUGAGCUUUAGAAGCGAAAUUCUGCCCCGGUGUUUUCGCGUUUCUAUGGACACGUCAAUCGACCACCUGUUAAGUGACAAGGGCACUUGCUCAGUUAGAAAAAGAUAAACUGGCGAAAAACCAACAGGUAGAUAACAGCGUAUGUUUGGCUCUCCGUUCAAUUGAAAAUGAAGAAGCCUACAAGGAAAUGAAGUUUUGAAAUGGCCCGCCAUUUUGCGAGUGUAUUCUUGGUAUUGCUCGUGGUAUUAGCAGGACGCGGCGCCCUGGGACAUGGAACUCCUCAACCGGAACAGAUUCACAUUUCCAGUACAGGUGAUCCGUCGGAGAUGAUGAUCACGUGGGUAACAAUGGCCCCGUCAGUUAAGAGCGUGGUGGAGUAUGGGGAGAGGUGCAAACUGCCGCUGAACAAAAGAGCGUUCGGCGCCCCUACCAAGUACCAAACUUGCGGCUGGAAGGAACGGACAAUAUACAUGCAUCGAGUUAAGCUAGAGGGGCUUGUACCAGGCCGGGGAUAUGAUUACCGUGUUGGUAGUUCAGAUGGUUGGAGCGCCUUGUACAAUUUUAACGCCACCAAAAACGGCACGGCCUGGCAGCCGAGAUUUGCCAUAUAUGGAGAUCUAGGAGUGGAUAAUGCCCAGUCUCUCUCCAAGCUACAGAAAGAGGUUCAAGGGGGUCGAUACGAUGCCAUAUUGCAUAUUGGUGACUUUGCCUAUAACAUGGAAUCGGAGAAUUCAAGAGUCGGAGAUAGGUUUAUGAAUCAAAUUGAACCAAUGGCCGCGUACGUUCCUUAUAUGACGUGCCCUGGUAACCACGAAGAAGCUUGUAACUUUUCAAACUACAGAGAACGUUUUAGUAUGCCUGGUAACACAGAGGGGAUUUAUUACAGCUGGAAUGUUGGGCCAGUUCACAUCAUCAGCUUUAGCACAGAACUUUACUAUUUCCUAAAAUAUGGGAUAGAGCCUCUCGUUCAACAACACAAAUGGCUUCAAAAAGAUUUGGAGGAAGCCAGUCGACCCGAAAAUCGUGCAAAGCGACCUUGGAUAAUAACCAUGGCACACAGACCUAUGUAUUGCUCCAAUGCUGUGGGAGAUAGCUGUGAAAAUCACGAGAAUGAAAUAAGGACAGGUUUGUCGUCUGCGAAACUGUUUCCUUUAGAAGAACUAUUUUACAAGCACGGAGUGGACGUGGAAUUCUGGGCGCAUGAACAUUCCUACGAGCGUCUUCUACCAGUGUACAACCACAAGGUCUAUAGUGGAUCGAUAGAAAAGCCUUACACUAACCCAAGAGCUCCUGUGCACAUCACCACGGGAUCUGCGGGCUGCAAGUACUGCCACGACAAGUUUCAGCGUGAUUACGGACCCUGGACCGCGUUUCGCACACUGGAUUAUGGGUACACUAGAGUACAAGUCUUCAACAGUAGUCACUUGUACCUUGAACAAGUCAGCAUUGAUCAGGUCAGCGGAACAUGCAUGCAUAAAUUACUAUCGUCUCAACAUAUGAUAGGUCUGCUUGGCAAAGAUUCUAUGAGCGGAAGUUUCUGGAGAACUUUUUAUCAUAAAUUACACGCUUGAAAGCCUCCUCGUAACCACUUUGGGCAACAAGUGCACACAUGUGUAACAAAUGGUCGUUUGAGUUGUUUUUAACUGAGUGUCGUAAAACCAAACCCAAAC